GAAACCAAAGCAUUGUAUUAAAUGUUAGAGACGCACAAAUACACAUAAAGACGCUUAAGGGAUAUACAAAUGAUAAUAAAGUUUGUGACUUAAGUCUUUUGUUUGCUGCAUAGAGGCGAACGAGUAAAUAAUGACACGAAUCGCUUGCAAUAUUUCAUUGCACUUUUAUGGCAAGGAACCCAGACAAUGUUUCAUUGAUUUUUGGCGCGCCUUUGAGUAUUUUUUCGACACCUUUUUUUUUGCAAUAUUUAACUCGUUCACGCUCUAAAAGGCACAAAGAACUUGUUUCGGAUAGCCACUUGCCGAUGCAAUUAAAUGCCACGACCCUUUUGUGCAGCGCGCACCUUAGCGCAUAGUAUAAAAAGCCUUAAAAUUUUUGGUUCAACGCACAGUUUCUGGAUAUACAGCAACGAGUCCUGCGCUCAGCUCAAAUAAUCAAACCAAAAAUCUAUAUACGUAUAAAAAUAAAAAUUAAAAUGUUUAAAUAUUUCGUUUGUGUUGCUGCCCUCUUCUCGUUGACCUUCGUCUAUGCGGACAACAUCGAUAAAAAUGCCGAAAUACGUAGCUUUCAAAAUGCUGCAUCCGAUGCCGAGGGCAACUACCAGUUCUCCUAUGAGACAAGCAAUGGCAUUCAACAACAGGAGGCCGGCAGUUUGGACGGUGGUGUGCGCGGCUCACUGAAUUACGUAUCGCCCGAAGGUGAACGCAUCUCCUUGAGCUACACAGCGGAUGAGGAAGGCUUCCACCCGGCAGGUGAUCAUCUGCCAACGCCACCACCAAUACCAGCUUACGUGUUGCGUGCCUUAGAAUAUAUCCGUGCACAUCCACCACAACUAAAGGAAGAGCAAUAAACAAUGGCGGCGCCUACACACACACACACACACACACACACCAAGCUUUAAAUGCAAUCAAACUGAAGCCACGAUUCACGAAACAAUGCUCUAUACGCGGAAUGGGUCACCACCGGCCAACCUACUGACAUGUCAAAGCUGAAGUGUUAAUUGGCUCAUUUCAAUGAAUUUUUCUUGUUAUUACGUUUUGUUUUUGUUUUUUCAUUACUUGUUUUCGACGCAUAAUUAGCUGUUAAUCUGUGCAUGCCUCAUUUUGUUUUCGCGCGUACAGUUUGACGUAUUGGCGCGCGCAUAGUCAUUAUUUGUAAUUAAUAGUUUUUGUUUA